UUUUAAUUGCUUACUGAAGUGCAAUGUACAUUUAUUUAAUAAUUAUUGCCACAUUUUGUGGUUAUCUUUUCAACUGGUGCUUGACAUGUUCUUUUACUAGGAUGCAUGGAAGAUGAUGAAUGUCAAUGCUCUUUCUGUGACCAUGAUGACUCGCAUAAUCCUACCCGAGAUGGCUGCUAGAGGACGAGGCCUGAUUGUAAAUGUUGCCUCUGCUGCCGGCUUGACUCCUACUCCACUUCUGUCAAUGUAUUCUGGAACCAAGGUAUUUGUAGAUUUCUUUAGUAGAUGUCUCAAUGCCGAGUAUUCAUCAAAGGGAGUCAUUGUUCAGUGUGUGUUACCUUAUUACGUGGCCACUAAAAUGAGCAGGAUCAGGAAUCCAAACGUCUUUGCUCCAGGACCAACCACUUAUGUUCGUCAGGCCCUGGGGACAGUUGGAGUGGAAUCCAGGACUAUGGGUUGUUGGAGCCACGCCCUUCAGGUAUGUGUGUGAAUCUAGAACCUGGCACUUCUCUGCUUUCCUCUAUUCGCCUUGCCUAACCUAACCUCCUCCCUUACCGUCCUGUCCCUAAUACCAUCCGUUCCUUUCUGUCCGGUCACGUCCCCCACUGUUCCGCUUCUUACCGUGAUCUCCCUUUCCUUCUCGUCCCUUACCGUCCUGUCCCGUCCCUUUAAGUCCCGUCCUGCCCUAUUUUGUCCCGUCCCUUUCUUCCCUAUCUGUCCCGCCCCUUACCGUCUCUUUCCGUCCCGUCCUGACCUGUCCCG